AUGUGGCGACGCCGGAUUACGAUCGAUGACAAGGCCAUCACCGAUGGCUCAGGCAUCACUCUCAAGCAGUCAUUGUUCCCAAACUUCCUGGUAACCAUCCUCUUCUUCCUCUGGGGCUUCGCCUACGGCCUCCUCGAUACCCUAAACUCCCAUUUCCAAGAUGAACUCAACAUCACCGCGGCACAAUCCUCCGGUCUAUCCGCAGCAUACUUCGGCGCCUACUUCCUCUGCCCCUUGACAAUUUCAGGCUGGAUUCUCCGCCGAUUCGGCUUCCGAGUCACCUUCAUGACCGGCCUCGCCGUCAUGACAAUCGGCUGCCUCCUCUUCUGGCCCAGCGGGGUCAAAGCCUCCUUCGGCGGCUUCUGCGGCAGCAUGUUCGUCGUCGGAGCCGGUCUAUCCACCCUCGAAACCGGAGCCGACAACUUCCUCGCCAUUUGCGGUCCCCCUCGAUACUCUGAAAUCCGACUAAACCUCGCCCAGGGAAUCCAAGGCGUGGGGACCUUCGUUGCCCCGCUUCUCGCGUCACGGGUCUUCUUCGCCAAUACCGUGAAUACCGAGGCGGGGCUGAAAAACGUCCAAUGGGUGUACCUUGGGGUUGCGUGUUUCGUGGCACUACUCAUUCCAUUGUUUUAUAUUGCCCCGAUGCCGGAGGUUACGGAUGCGGAUAUGGGGUUACAGGAGCAGGAUAUCUCUAAUUCGGAUGCGAAGCCGUUUUCGAAACAGUACAACUUGUUCCUCGGGGUGUGGAGUGAGUUUUGCUAUACGGGGGCUCAAGUCGCUGUGGCGAAUUAUUUUAUCAAUUUUGCCGAACAGGCGGGGUAUUCUAAAUCGAGGUCAUCGGACCUCCUCGCCAUCGGCCAAGGCCUCUACACAUUCAUGCGCUUCAUCUCCAGCGGAAUGAUCACAGUGGGGGUAAAACCGCGGUACAUCCUCGCCGUCUACCUAACCCUCUGCUUCAUUUUCGGUGUCGCUGCUGUGACAACCACCGGUCCAACCAGCGUCGCCAUGUUAAUCCUAGUCUUGUGUUUUGAAAGCGCCUGCUUCGCCACAAUCUUCACCCUCGCCCUCCGAGGUCUCGGCCGCCACACCAAACGCGGCGGCAGCAUGCUCGUGGCCGCCAUCUCAGGGGGUGCUGCGAUCCCGCCCAUGACGGGGGCAGUUGCCACGGCAACAGGGAAUGAUUUUCAUAAGGCGAUGGCAAUUCCGACGGCGUUUUAUGUCCUGGCGUGGGCGUUUCCGGUUUAUGCGAAUACGGUUAGUCGGGGGUUGUUGGAUGGGCAUAGGACUUCGGAUGUUAAUGUGAGUGAGGGGAGGAAUGUGCUUGGGAAGGGUGAGGUGGAGGUGGAGAUGAGGGUGGAGGAUGUGGAUGAUGGUGUUGUUGUGCCUUGAGGAAGAUUUGGGGGGUUGAG